AUGUCUACUGACAAGAAGCCCAAAAAGAAGAAGGCUGAGUCUCCUACAGCAGAGAGCAAUGGAUCAGAAGCUAAACCCAAAAAGAGCAAGAGCAAGAAAAAUGAAGAAAUAUCAACUGAGAACAGCCCGGCCACCCAGAAUGGUGAAAAAGUGAAGAAAAAGAAAACAGAGAAGGAGAAAGAGAAGGAAUCUCCACUCAAGCCUGAACCAAAAAAGAAAACCAAAAGUGCCUCAAAGAAGAAGAGCUCAACUGAGGAAAAUGAUGAUGAUGGUGAAGAAGAAAAGGCAUUACGGAAAAAGAUUAAAAAAAAGUCUCCAAAAGACAGUUCUGAUGGCAAAGACAAAGAAAAAGAGAAGAAAUCCAAAGCUAAAGAUGACAAAGAGGACAAGAAUGGUAACGAAAAGUCCAAGACUAAAAAGAAGGAGCCGGCUUCCAUGUUCCAGAUAAAUGGAGACAAACCUGAGACCAAGAGUAAAAAGAAAGCUGCCAAAUCUGACAGUGAAGAUGAGAGUGAACUAGAAAGCAAAACCAGCAAGAGCAAAAAGAAAAGCAGCUCAAACCCAGCUUCAAUGUUCCAAGCAGCUGGAGACAAAGACAAGGACAAGAAGUCUAAAAAGCCUAAAAGUUCUGCAAAAGCAGAAAAAAGUGAUGAGUCAGAUUCUGAUGUGACUCAAAAAAAGAAAAAGGGAAAAGGCAAAAAGGGAAAAAAGGAGGAAAGGGCCCCUUCACCCAUCAUUGAGUUUGAUGAUCUGGAGGAGUUUGUUCUUCAGCCAGCACAACAUGGUGUUACAGUAAAAUGCAAGGUGACCCGGGACAAGAGAGGAAUGGACAGAGGCCUUUAUCCUACUUACUACCUUCAUCUAGACAAUGAUAAAAAGCAGGUCUUCUUGCUGGCCGGGAGAAAACGCAAAAAGAGCACAACCUCUAAUUACCUGAUCUCAAUUGACCCCACUGAUCUUUCUAGAGGAGGUGAAAACUUUAUAGGAAAAUUGAGAUCUAAUCUAAUGGGCACUAAGUUCACAGUAUUUGAUAAUGCACUGCAUCCUGACCGAGCCCUUCCUGACAUGUCAAAUGCAAGGCAGGAGCUAGCAGCCAUUAUAUAUGAGACUAAUGUGUUAGGAAUGAAGGGUCCAAGACGAAUGACUGUCAUCAUCCCAGGCAUGAACAAGGAUGGCGAGAGAGUACCAAUCAGACCACGCAAUGAAACCGAUGGCCUGUUGACUCGACACCAGAAUAGGAACAUGGAGAACCUAAUUGAGCUUCGUAACAAGACGCCUGUGUGGAAUGAGGAGACUUCAUCACACGUGCUUAACUUCAAUGGCAGAGUCACACAAGCCUCUGUCAAAAACUUCCAGAUUGUUCACAACAAAGACCAGGACUACAUCGUGAUGCAGUUUGGCAGAGUCGCGGAUGAUGCCUUCACUCUGGAUUAUAACUACCCUCUGUGUGCGGUGCAAGCCUUUGCUAUUGCACUUUCCAGUUUUGAUGGUAAAAUCGCCUGUGAGUAA